UCGUCAGCCAAACAGCGCAGUUUUACAUUGGUUUCUCAGUUCGUUUCGUAUAUUUUGACGGCGCGAAUCGGUCGCUCGCUAUCACGCGGACAAGGAAAAAUUAAUUAAAUUUUUUUAUGUUCAACUUUGUUAUGGGGGUUGGAUAUUAUUAUUAUUUGUUUAAGGAAAAAUCGUGAUAACAGAAAAUAAAUUUUGUGAUUUUAAAAAGGAAAUUCCUAUACAAAAAGAGGAAUAAUUAAAUAUUUACCUACAUAUAUCAAUGAUAUAAUAUUUAAUAGAUUUAAAAUACAUGAAUGCAGUGAAGUGAGGAGAGUUAUGUGAGUUAGUUUGAUAAGAGUGGAAUUUUAAAAUUGAAGCUAAAAAAGGAAUUUAAAAAAAUCAUUUCCACUGUGUGGUAGAUUGUAACGCGCAUUUCUUACACAAACAAACAAAUAAUAUUUAUCAUUUUAUGGAUACAAAUUUGAAUUCGGAUAAGAUAACUACGAUUCGUUGGGUGUGUAUAUUCUGGUGGAAGUUGCGGGCAACAUCACAACUCUGGUAGAGACAUCUAUCUACAUCUUUAUGGAAUGUAGCUGGCUUCGUCGCAUGAGGGCGAAGAGGAACCAUCGCAGACGUGAAUACGGUGCGUGAAGCAAACUAGAAUAAAACUAUAGGAGUCAAGUGGAAAAACAAAAAAAAAACUUUUUUGCAAGCAACAAAGUUUAGUGCAAACUUUUGACUCAGAGCAGGACCCAUCUCACAAAGGAUCUUGCCCAAACACUAUUAACAACCAUGCCGAUUCUAAGCAAUUGCUAAACUGUAAUUAUUAUUAUUUGCAUCAACGACGAAGUGCGCAAACACGAAUAGCAGCGGAACGAAACCGCAGCUGCUGUUGCAACCCUAUGGGAAAGUGCAUCUCUAAACAACCCUCGGCUAUAACUAUAGCACUGUCCACAACCGAUUUGGCAACAGCAAAUCAUAUAUUGAGCAAAUUCUCGGACAACACUGAUUAUAUAUCACUCAAGGACGAGCUCGGAAAUCCGCUAUAUGAAUAUUUUGGCCAAGGCAAGACUGAAAUAUUUUAUGGUUCAUCGAGAAGAGAUUGCACAACAAGUUCAACGGAUUGCUGGAAAAGGACAAUAAUCCCUGAUUCGACUGAGGAGGAUACCAAUAAUAAUAGGAAUUAUCGACGAAACAUCAGGCAAGAACAAGGAGUUCCGGUUGAUUGUAACAGCUUUGGUGACACUGGAAGUGGUCUAGAUAAUGAGGGUCAAUCAGAAAGUAAGAAAAGCUCAAAAAAGGCCGGUGGCCCGGAAACUAAAGGCACAGCAAUGUCAUUUGGUUUCCGCAAGAAGCUACAUACCACACCGAAGAAAUCUAAAAAUUUACAAAAACAGAAAGAAAUGCUCGACAACAAUUUAACACAAAAUUUGGAUGAAAAGACAAAACAAAAACUUAAUUUUGAUACUGUGAUAACGAAUACCACAGAAGUGGUGGAAAAUAUUAAGACAACCACAACAACAGCAACAACAAAUCCACAGAAAAAUGAUAAGAAUGGCAAUACAGAAUCAAAUACGACAAUACCAUCAGCACCACCCCAAAACACAACAACAACAACAACCCCAAUGGUAACCUUUGAGAAAGUGGGUGCGGGAAAGACUCAACAUCAGACAAUUCCAUCAGCAACAACUCAAGGAGUGCCAUCCGACAACACUGUUGUCGUUGGACGUUCUAUCCUCAGCAAUGGUGGCAAUGGUACCGGUGCCAUCAACCGGAGCAAUCGUUUCGGCUUCAAAGGCACAAAUACAGUGCGACCAGCUUCGACAGGAAUCACUCCCAGGUACCAGAGUGAUUUCCAAGAUAACGUUGACAACAAUAAUUACAGCCAAGCCGGCAACUAUAACAACAAUUUCAACAACAAUAACAUCAAUUCCACAAUCAAACGCAGAUCGAAGAGCGCACAUUCUGGUCGUGCAAUGACACCGAAUCUAUCGAAUCUUGAUCGGCAGCAACAAUUCGAUGAAUCAAGACAUCAGCCGCAUGCUCCCAAAAUAACUCAGAAAUCACUCAACUACCAUAGUAAUGAGUAUCAGCGGAGCCGGCUGCAGUUUCUGCAGCAACAGCCCCAUCAACAGCAGCAGCAGCAGCAACAACAUGCACACAGACCGACACCAUGCCUGGUGAAUCCACCUCAGUACACGUUCGUCAAUACUGGAAUGCACACAAAUGUUAUUGUCCGACCAACACCUCGACCACCAUCGGCAACGUUUUCAAAGUUUACUCUGCAGACAACAAGUCUCCCAAAGCCGGAAUACCCAGUGCCAAUUCGAUUGGCUCCAUCGUCAUCAGCAACAGCAGCAGGAGCAUCAUCUUCCACAACAGCAGCAGCAUCAGCUCCUCAAAUGGAUCAAAAGACCGCCAAACAGAUGGCCAACAAUAAUCGCAAGGGAUUCCAAGGCAGUCGAGAGAUUUCCGCUGAUUCAGGACUUUCUAGUUUAGAUGCCACUUUAGCUGAACCGCAACCAGUGCAACCGGGUUCGCCCCGAAGGAACCGCAGUCGGCCACGAAAUCUCCAGAUGGUAAUGAGUGGUCGGCAUAAGUUUGAGGUGCGCGAUCUGGAAGAUCCUUUGUCCAGUGAUAGCGCAUCAGUUGAGCCAUUGGCAUUGCCAAAGUUACCCAGUGCAUUUUCUUCGGACAAUCAGACAGUGCCAUUGAGUGGCCUGAUUCGUUCGAAUACUGUUUUGACUAGAGAAGCGUUCUUCCGAUCGACUGGUUCGACAGAUGAACAAGAUUCAGCUGAUACUGGACAGCAACAAAAAACUCCAAAGAAUACAUCAGACAGUGAAGGUGUGGAAGAGGAGAAACUAUUUUUGGAUCGAUCCACUUCGGAAAAGUGUGCCAAAAACCAUCAAUUCAAAGACAUCAAUACAUUUAGUAAAAAUUCAUCUCCUGGAAGCUCAAGGACAUCAUGGUGUAAUGCUGGCGAAUCAUUAGCCAUAAAGGAUUGCAGUAGUUUUAGCAUAAGCAGCAGUGACGAGAGCAAAGAUAAUCAGAAUGAAAAGACCGAUGCCAUAUUGCCAAUAACGGAGGACAUUAGUCCUACAAUGAUUAGUGAUAUUGCAAUUAGUUCCAUUUCAUCAAUCACUGAACCUAGUCCCCAGCUAGAAAACGAUCAACAACAAGAUGAGAAUAUACAAAAAGACUCUGAUGAAUGCGAACUAGAAACCAAGCCAGAACGGCCAACAUCACUUACAAAUAUCACGGAGUCUAAAUUUGCCGAAAUGGCAGCAGCAGUUGCGUCAGAGUUCCUUUUGGACGAUGAGACAUCGCCCACAGAUAGUUUGGUCAGUAGCACGGAGUCAGAAGAUGUCGUCUGUAAGCGGCAGAAAAAGAAGAACAAUCUUGAGAUCCAGGAAAAGGACAUCGACGAGAUAUCCCCUGAAUUUGAGGUUUGUUCUCCACUUUCUCCAGGUACUCCGACGCAUGCUUCACAUUCGCUAUCGCUCUCCGAUUGUGGUCGGGAUUUUUUGAUUGACGAUGAGAUUGCUGAUCAGCCAGCAUUGUUAUUCAAUGAAUCCAAUGAAGGUGCGGACCUCGGAGCACAUGUUGGCCAUUCGCAUACACAUUCGGAUACUCCGACUUUGAUGGAAACCGGGUCGAUGCGAUCGCUCAAGAGUCAGUCGAAAGCUAGAAGUGCUUUGCAAGCUGCAAUUGAACUAAGUCUCAGGACACCAGUGUCAUUGCGGAAGGCAGUGCUAAAUCGGGCAGAAUCUUUGGACACAUUGUCACCAUGUGAGUCCAUUUGCUCGGAUGAUUUGAUGAUGGAUUUUGAUGUCAACAGCAGCAUGGAUUCGAUUGAUAACAGGAUGUCAGCAUCGAUAAGGAGUCGUAGCGGAUCGGCUUUGCACAAAAUGGACGAUUCACAAGCCUUUUCGGAACUCGAAGGCAGAGGCAGCGAUAUGAUGAGGGAAUUGAAUACAAUCCUUAGAGUUCACAAUAGGAACGAAAAGGACAAUAAUAUGAUCGCACAUUUACCCGCACGUGCAACACGACUCCUCAAUCGAUCCCGCCUGCAACAGUGCCAGCUGAGUAACAACGGCUCUGACAGUCCAAAAUCAACAGAUAGCUUCCGAAGAACACCAUCCCGUACGUCAUCGUUGCACCACAGCCAAAGGGAUACCAACAGUUCAUCGGAUGAUUUAAUGUUGCAUGAUAAAUCGUUCAGGAAUGCAAUGAUACAAGAUGUUUUGCAUUUCAAAAAGCAAUUAUUGCGAUUAAGACGGAUCCUUCAGGAGGACGAAGAAUGUUUGAUGAGGACAGAUACUCUCAACCCAUUCGAUACAAACAAUGGGCAACUCUUUGCAUCCUGUGGAUUGGAUACAAAAUUUUUAGAAGACAUUGAUGUGGCAAGCUUGACAUCAUCAACAACUGACGAUCCCGUACAGGAGUUAGCUGAUCUACGAAGACAGGUGGUUUAUCUUCAGGGACAAGUUGAUGAUCGUGACAGAACAAUACGGAUACAAAAAACCCUUAUUGAUAAACUUGAAUCAGAUACUGGAAAAUAUCCACAAAUUUCAUCUGAAAAAGAAUGCGUGAACACAGCAACACAAACCGAAAGGACCCGUCCACUCUCCAUUGGCCCUGAAGGAUUAUCAAGAAGUAAACCUGAAUACACAAGUUAUACCACACAUUUCCCUGCCACAACGAUAAUCACAACAACUACUUCUCCGCUCAAUGGCACAACAUCAUCAACAUCGCAGGCGUUAACACCAACAAAUAAUCAAACUCGCCGCCAUACUGUUAUUUCAACAACAUUCACCAAUUAUAAUCAAAUCUCGCCAUCGCCGAGAAGAGCCUCAAUUGCUUGGGAACAACAACGUCCUCCCAAUGCUGCCACAGUUGUUUAUAAGCCUGUUAAGAUAACGCUUAUUGGCGAUCCAAUGUGUCAAUCACCAAUAAAAAAUCACCAACAACACAAUGGAUCUACAACAACAACAACAUGUAAUGGUGGCGGUGAUGUGAUGAAAAACAACAAUAGUUCCUCAAAUACUAAUUGUAAUGGUAGUAGUAGUUGUAGUAGUGAUUUAGUGGAUGAAGAAAACCGAAGAAAUUUAUUAAAUGGUUACCAUCAUCAUAAUCAUCAUAAAACACAGUGCAAUGGAAAAGAAAAUGGUUAUGAAGAUAUUGAAGUCAGGAAUCGAAACCAUCAUCAACAUCAUCUUAAUCAUCAUCAUUUGAAAAAACAUAAUCAUCAUCAUCAACAUCUUCCGCAGCAAAAUCAACAACAAAUAAAAAAACAACAACAACAACAAAAUUUAGCCCCUACUGUUACGAUAGUCUGACUUUAGUGAUUUGUACUCGAUAGAAAAUUAAGUAUUAAACAAAAAAAUUUGAAAAAAAAA